CCAUAGAUCUACAAAGAGAGACCCAUAAUACCACUAGCGCUUCUUAAAUACUGUUCUUUUAGACAAUGUAUCGAUUAAAUGUAGAGUUUGUUUCCUAUGUUCAUGUUCUUGCUAGUUAGCAUUAGCCGUAGAUAGGGUACACUUGCUGUGGGUUAAACGAGCUGUAAUAAGUAAAUAAGGAUUUAUAAUUGCUACUAACAUGGAAACCGUUGAUAUAACUGUUCAAGCAACAAAUCGACGCACGAAUUUAUAUGCAUUAAGAGCCAAAGUCAAACAGGGGACUGUUAGUGUUUUCUUUCAAUUAUGUUGUGCCUGUGUGCUUGUAUGCUAACAGCAGGGUUGCUAGCUGAACGAGCUUGCCAGUGACGUAACACUGGUCAUUGUUUUGACAGCACGCAGCAUCUCAGCAGAGUCUUGAAAAAUUAAGUGAUUGCUAUAAACACUUUAAACACCAACCGCUAUUAAUUACAUUAGUAAUAAAUAUCAGAUUAGUGUAAAUCUGAUAUUUAUUAGUGUUUCUGAGUUAAAGUUGUGAUAACUGGUAAAAUAUGGCGGCAGACACCUUCGUAGUCAAAUAGCAAAACUCGUGAUUUAUUUAGCAAAGUUAUGCUUUAUAUUAUGUUUCUAGCAGAUUGAUUUAUGUUAUUUUAACCAAUCUUACAUGUUGCUUCUGUUUAAUUUAUGUUAUCAAUACUUGUAAGUGCUAUCUAACUUUAGCAAUUACCUACUAAAUUCUGCUUAUAUAGUUAUUAUAUGUAUUCAUUAACAUUUUAGAUUAAUAGUCGUCGUUUUUCACUAGUACUGUUAAAUAGCUAAGUAAUAGCUUUAUGAAUAUCCACUGUAAAUAUGUUUAUUUGCAACUAGUUAUAGGUACUAUGUUUACUGCGUUUACUGUGUUGGUUACGUAUUCAGUACUAUUUCUCUUCUUAUUCAACAUCAAAAUUAAUUAUACUUAUAUUGAGAGCUAUUGUUGUCAUGUUAUUAAACUAUUGUUUCAAUUGUACUCUCAGUUAUAGGAUGGAUCCAGACGGUGGGGCAGAAGCAAAAGCUUUCAGUUUGCAGUGGAAAAGCUACAAACUUGUCCAGGAUCCUGCUAUCAGGCGGGUUGCACAGAAAAUCUACAGAUAUGAUGGUGUGCAUUUCAGUGUGCCAGACUCUGGAUUUCCUCCAGUGGGUGAACUACGUGACCCAAGACCCAGGAGGCUGUGGUCCAGAUAUACAGAACUGUCCCUGCCAGUGCCAAAGUUUAAGCUUGAUGAGUUUUAUGUGGGUCCCAUACCUCUUAAAGAGGUGACCUUUGCCAGACUAAAUGACAACAUAAAGGAGCCUUUCCUGGGUGACAUGUGUGCCAAGUUUGGGGAAGUCGAGGAGAUGGAGAUUCUGUUUCACCCCAAGACCAGGAAGCACUUGGGUCUGGCCAGGGUGUUGUUUACCAGCACCAGGGGAGCCAAGGAUACGGUCAAGCAUCUACAUAACACCUCUGUCAUGGGUACCGUCAUUCAUGCCCAACUGGAUAUAAAGGGGCAGCAAAGGCAGAAGUAUUAUGACCUAAUAGUAAAUGGGUCUUACACUCCUCAGACUGUGCCCCUGGGAGGCAAAGCUUUGACAGACAAGCUGCAGACCCCGGCUCCAACACAACCACAGCCUGACACGUCGACAGAAAUCAGGCGGAGGCUCUCAAGUGAGCUUGCCGUUUUGGCAGCAGGGGUUCAAGUCCUCACAUCGGGGAACAUUACUCCUUGCUCUGUUGACACUGGCUUCACUGACCAACGUCUGGACACACCCCCACCCAACAUGUCAGGUCCAUACACCCCAGGCUCCACAGCUUCAGUGCAGAGUGGUGGGGGAACUCCUUACAGUUCAAGAUCUGGAACUCCGUUCUCACAAGACUCCGGUUACGCAGGUGGCAGAAAUACUGGCUACAGCGCUGGCACUUCAGGCAGCGGCUACCCUCCCCAAGACAUGUUACCAUCCUCCUCCUCGUCUUCUGCAGUCUCAUCUACUGUCGGAGGAUACAAAAUGUCUCGCUACCCUGAGGAUGCACAGGAGUCUACAGUGUAUCAUCGCGGUCGACCCAUGUAUCCCCCAACCUCAUCGUACCGUCCCAAUGAGCCACCAUGCUAUCCCCCAUACCCAAACAUGGGAGGACCUGGUCCACACAUGGGGCUCCAUUCUUCAAUGCCCCCACCACCUGCAAGCCAAUAUGAUCAGCCCACAAUGUCAGACAGGGACCGAGACAGAGACUCAGGUGGGCGUUAUGGGACAGGAGGUAUUGGUUCCAGAAGGUCAUCCUACCAACACCAGCUGGAAACAAACUCUUCUUCAAAAUACCACUCCCAUCACUCUCACCACCAUUCAGAACGCAGGGAGGACAGGGGGUACCGGCGGGACAGUUUGGGCUCUCGGUCAGGUGACCACAGCCACCAAAGACACCGCAAUCACCACCAUUCUCACAACCACCACCACAGCAGCAGUCGCAGACGGAGUAGCCAUGACCGGGACAGAGACAGAGAUCGAGACAGAGAGCGGGAUCGGGAUAGAGAUAGAGACAAUGACUUCUCCAACAGCUCUGACCCUAGAUACAAUUCCAACUCUUAUCGCUCUUCUUCUAACAGCAUGUCUCCUCCACCCUCAUCUUACUCUUCUUACUCGACAUCCAAAGAGGCCACGGCUCAAGGGAUGGAGAAUUCCAGCCGACAAGGAGCCAGUAGUUUUGCAGAGAGGACCUCUUUGUCCUCCAGUGGUCCUGAGAAAGACUAUCACGGUGGUCACCACAGUGCUCUGCCUGCACCUCCACCACCACCACCGCCCCUCCCACCAGCUUCUGUCAUUGCUGCUGCUGUAGCUGAAACUCUUGGAACACUUGACUUCAACCAGGACAGCCCAGUUCGAGAGGAGCAGUGGACAAAACCCAAACGCCGCCCCAGCACCCCACCAGCUCCUCCAAAGACUCCACCUCCUUUUUCUCCACCCCACCCCUCAAUAACUUCUUCCUCCGCCUCUCCUUCUUCCACCUCACUCCCUCAUCACCUUGCUUCUUCCUCUAAUUCCCCACAACCCCCUCCACGUGACUCCUCUUCACCAGAACCAGAUUCCACCAUUGAGAGCGUACCAUUUGCCUAUCACAGCAGCAGUCUUGACUCCCGUAUUGAGAUGCUUCUGAAGGAGCAGAAGGCUAAAUUUUCUUUCCUUGCCUCUGAUGAGGAAGACGAGGAGGACAAGAAAGAGGAAAAAAGGCGAGACUCACAUGGGGACAGAGGAGAGCGAAGAGUCAAUCGGACUGGGGAGCCCACAGCUGGUUAUCAGGGCGGAGACAGUGGGGCUAAGGACCAUUGGAAGAAAGAAGAACGAGACACAGGAAAGAAAAGGGGUAAAGAAGCAGAGGAAAGUAAAAGUCCCACAGUACUGAACUCAAACACACCUUCCUCUUCCACCUAUUCUCCACACAUCCCUCCACCAGAAGAGGCCCAGUCCCAUGAAGGACCUGGGGCUUUAAGUGAGGAUUCAUCACAGGCUGGAUCAGCUGAUACACGCACUAAGACAGGGGCACACACACCACCUUAUAAUGGACAGAGUCAGUCCUCCCCUCAUUCCUCAGGAGAAGACAUGGAGAUAUCAGAUGAGGAGGAAGAAGCCACAAUAACAACAGUGACAACUCAUCAACCCACCAUCACCUCGGGGUCCUCACCCUCUUCAUCCCAGGCUGCUUUGCCUUCACAAACAGUCGACCCCUCAUCCUCACCACCACCCCUUUCUGACUCUGCACAGCACUUUGGCUCCUCCAUGCACCCUCCAAUGCCAUCUUACCCUCCUCAUUUACCCCCUCCUCCUCCUCCUGGUUAUUCUCUACAACCUCCACCUCCUCCAGGAAUCCCUCCCCUUCCCCACAUGGAUCUCCAUCCAGAGUAUCCUCCUCCUAUCCCCCACAAUGUCUAUGACUAUGCCACCUCCAUGGAGCUGAUGAACCAGUACAGCGGUGGUGCUCCCAUGUCUUUUCAGAUGCAGACCCACAUGCUAAGUCGUCUACACCAGCUACGCAUGUCGGCAUCUAAUGGCACACCAGGCCCCGGAGAGGCUGCCACUGCUGACUACUCCUCCUACCAUCUACACUCAAUGGCAGCGACUCACACGCAUCACCCUUACAUGGACCAAGAAGGGAGCGGGGCGGGCAGUCAUUAUGACCAAGACCAUCGUUACAUGCCCCCUCAUAUGUCCUAUUCUUACCCUGAUGGCCACAGCACUCAGAUACCACCCCCUCCCCACCAUGGCAUCCCACCUCCUCACCCUACCUGGCCUCCACAUGUCUUACCACCACAAUAUUCCUCCUAUAUUCCCCCACCUGGUUAUAGCACCAUGCUAUCUGGAGAAGGCGAGGAAUACAGGGCUCCAGGGGAAGAGGUGCCCCUGCUGCCUGAGAGUCCGAAUGAGGCCGCAGUGCAGGUGGUCCUGGCCACUCUGAUCCAGGAAAUGAAGAACAUCAUGCAGAGGGACCUGAACCGCAAGAUGGUGGAGAACGUCGCCUUUGCUACAUUCGAUGAGUGGUGGGAGAGGAAAGAAACUAAAGCCAAGCCGUUCCAGACCAUGGUUCGGGGGGUGUCUGCCCUGCGAGAGGAUGAGAAGAAAGAGGAAAAGGUCAACCGUCCACGAGAGCCUCUCACAUCUUUGGUGGAUUGGGCGAAAAGUGGUGGCAUGGAGGGCUUUUCUCUAAGAGGAGCGCUUCGUCUGCCUUCAUUUAAGGUGAAGAGGAAAGAACCUCAGGAACUAGAGGAGGGAGACAUGAAGAGGCCACGACCUUCAACCCCACCAGAUGAUGAUGGUGCCAAUGCGAGAAGGCAAGAGGUGGACAGGCGUGGAGCUGAGAGGGACAACAAGAGGAGGAAAAAGAAGCAGAGAAAUCGCAAACCCUGGGAGCUCGAUAGCGAGGGAGAGGAAACAUCAGAUGGUUCGUCGAGUGAAAAGGAAAAUGAUGAAGACGACAGUGAAAAGGAGUCUGAUGAUGAUGCUCUCAGUGCUGACAGUGAUGAUGAGAGUCUGUCUUCAUCCUCGGAGGGGUCUUCCUCGGAGGGGUCUUCAUCCUCAUCCUCAGAAGAGGAUGAGGAAGAAGAGGAAGGAGAAAGAGUUGACAGUGGGCCAGACACCAUGGAUGAGUCAACCAUGGACAGCACAAUGGAGAAGCAUGACAGCCGGAACAAUAUUUCAGCAGCUGUUCCAAAGGCAAACAUUCAAGCAGGUGAAGCAAAGGAAAUUAAGGCACAUACAACAACAGAACCUUCGAAGCAGCCACCAUCUGCACUACAUCUACGGCCUUCCUCCCCUGUUGUUCUCGUGCCCCCACUCAAAAAACGCAGGAAAACAGUUUCCUUCUCUACAGAUGAGAAUGACAGCAAACUGCAAAUGUCAUCUGCAGUGCUGCCCACAUCUCCUUCACCAGUGGCUAAUGAGUCUCCACUCCAGUCUCCCCAGGAGUCACCCAUCACUGCUGUCUCGACCUCCUCCACUCGUCCGAGCCAAGGUAUUCAGCUUCUUCCCUUUGCCUCAAAACCAGGGGAAGGCAAUGCCCUCAUUGUUCCUCCACCUGGAAGAACUCAAGAUUCUGAUGAAUCCAAAAAGGGACUUCCUAUUUCUCCUCAAACCACUCCUGUCAGAUCACCUGGCAAAAAAGGUGCGAGUAAAGACUCUCCAAAAUCUCCUGUGUCUCCAGUCAUGGUGUGUCGCACUGUGCAGAAUCUGCCGUUGGACCACUCUUCUAUGUGCAGGAUGGUCUUUGAGGAGGUCCCCCCUCAGCCUCUGGGUAAUAAACGGUCCAGAGGCAGACCUCGGACGACAAGUUUGUCAGCUUCGUCCUGUCAUUCGCUCAGAGAGGAAGAUGAAGAGGAGGGAAGUGAACAGAGGCUAAGACUCAGGGAGCAGCUUGGAGCAUCCAGCCUUCUGCAGCUGGCUUCAGCCUCCACCACUGAUCUGUCAGUGUUAGCUGACGUAGCCUCCAAAAUUGACCAUGAUGCUGGAGACUCAGAGGAGACAGAGACAUCUGACGAGGCAGAGGAGCAGAAGAUGGAAGACCAUCUCUUCACCCCAGAGUCUCUGGCCCUCAUUAUGAACCCCGAGGGUGUUGUUAUCAUAAUGGAGCACAACUACUGCAAACCCCCUGUUCUCCCAGCAGCCAUCACCAAAAGAACUUCCACCAAACAAGACUUGUCUCUCCUGGUCCCAUCAGACCUCAACACCAUUUCUGGAGUUCUUGAGGCACCAGAGGAGGUUGUUGGAGAGGCAUUACCAUCCAGGGGGGAUCCAGCAGAGCAUUUCUCUGGAAUGGGGGCACACUGUGAGUCAGAAGAUGCGGCCCAGGCUGCUCCAUCUCCAUCAAAGAAGAAAGGCAUAAUUGGCAAAGGUUUAGAACUUGAAAAGGAUGAAAAGAAAAAAAAGAAAAGAAAAGAUAAAGAAAACGUUGAGGUUCAUCGCACAAAGAAACAAGACGAGGCAGGAAAGAAAAAGAAGAAGCGGAAGCAGGAGGACUCAGACCUGGAGGAAGAUGUAGAUGUAGAGGAGCUUGAGUCUGGAGAGCUCUCCAGCUCGGAGCCAGACGAUGAGGGAGUUGAGGAAGUCAGAAAGAGUGAGCGGCUCUUCCUCCAGGAGGCUGGACUAUCCUCGUCUCAACGCUGGCCCAAACCUCUUCCAGCACCCGAGCCACCGGCCCAGAAGUAUGAUGUGCGUAGUGAGUUUGAGCAGAUGACCAUCCUGUACGACAUCUGGAACUCAGGUCUGGAUGGUGAGGACUUGACGUUGCUGAAGAAGACCUAUGAGAAGCUAUUACAGGAUGACCAUGGCUCUGAUUGGCUCAAUGAUACUCACUGGGUCAACCACUCAGUAACCAAUUUGCCCAACCCACGGCAUAAGAAGAAAAAUGCAGACGGUCAACUACGAGAGCAUGUGACCGGCUGCGCCAGGAGUGAGGGCUACUACGCCAUCAGCCGCAAGGAGAAGGACAAGUAUCUGGACCUGGAUCUGCCUGAGCAGGUUAUACGGGAGGUGGAGAACGUUGAUUCUUCUGGAGUGAACAGGGUUCUGUCAGAGAGACGCUCAGAGCAGCGCCGACUCCUCACAGUCAUCGGCACCACAGCCGUCAUGGACUCUGACCUGCUGAAACUCAACCAGCUUAAGUUCCGCAAGAAGAAACUUCGCUUUGGACGCAGUAGGAUUCACGAGUGGGGCCUUUUCGCCAUGGAGGCUAUUGCUGCUGAUGAAAUGGUCAUUGAAUAUGUGGGUCAGAACAUCAGACAGAUGGUUGCUGACAAUAGAGAGAAACGUUACGCACAGCAGGGCAUCGGGAGCAGCUACUUGUUCAGAGUGGACCACGACACCAUUAUCGACGCUACAAAGUGUGGAAACCUGGCCCGAUUCAUCAACCACUGCUGCACCCCGAACUGCUACGCCAAGGUCAUCACCAUAGAGUCUCAGAAAAAGAUUGUGAUCUAUUCCAAGCAGCCUAUCGCGGUCAACGAAGAAAUCACCUACGACUAUAAAUUUCCCCUAGAGGAGAACAAGAUCCCAUGUCUGUGUGGAACAGAGAACUGCCGCGGCACACUGAACUAAUGGAGGCCUUUGACACAGUGACCAUCAACAUGAUACACCGUCCGAAAAGCCGUGACCCCUCCACAAUACCCAGGAAACAGACGCUCACAUUUGCACUUUUCAAACACACACACACACACACACACACACACACACACAGUUCACCCCUUUGGCCCCUUCACAAGGAGAGAGUUGUGUAACUUGGCAUUUGAGUGACUAGGAGGGGGCCCCUGCUGCAGCAUUAGGUCAUGUGUGGUGGUAUUGUUGGACUUGAUUGAAUAAUGACUUCCACCCAUGUUGGGCUUGACUGGUAUUUAUCUUUUCAAGCCAGUCCCAGGGAAGCAGAGUAGCAGGAUUUAAGAUAAGAAAUGAGGAGAGAAAUAAAAUCAGUAUUUUGUGACAUCAUCUGCUCACGUUACCUACAGCCCCGGUCUCACUUCCUAUUUGGAAACCUUCAGGCUCCACCCACAGACUUGCACACAGAUGCACAGAAAAUAUCUGACAAAUUCAGGGUUUAAAAAAAAAACGCCCAUUAAAGGGUGCACUUUUCAGAAGAUAAAUGUCAGUUCAUUUGGUCUUUAGUUUUAUCCAGAUGUAAAGGAGUCAAUUCAGGAGUUGGAUUUCAUUUCAUGUCACAGAAUAAUUAUAAUAUUACUGUUGUGAAUAAUGUUACUGGUAUUGAGUUCCAUUCGCUCUGAUUAUCUGACAGUGAAAUAAGCUUCAGUGUACAGACCCACUGUCGUCAGUGGCUUGUAAUUCACCAGCCCUUAAAAGAAAUUUGCUUCUCUCCUUCACUGUGCCACUCAGCCUCAUGUUUGAAUGAGAUUAAAAGUCCCUGGAACUGUUGUUUUUAACCCUCCAUUGAAAAUAUGUCUUUUG